GAAGAAAACAAUUUCAUGCCAGACAUAAUAGGCGGAGUCGUUGAAGAAGCUUAAUUUUUGAAAAGCUGAGUGGCACAUUGGCCUAUAGAUACCUUAUAGUCAAUGAUUCAGAAAAUUGUUGAAGCCCGCCCUCCCCCCUCCCUUUGAAUGUUAUUACAAAUCAGACAGUAUUACUCCAUAAUUAUGAAAUAAUUAACAGAUACUUAAAUAAAUGUUCGUAAAAUGGAUAGGAUUUUACGUCACUGGCGUUCCGGAAGACGGAUAAACGAUAUUUAUAACACGUAUGUAAAUGUAAGAACAAUACUAAACAAUUAAGGUAAAUGAAGUGAGAUAGAAUUGGCAUCCAAUAUUUCUAAAUUUUCUUUAAAAAAAUUGAUAUUGUAAUACUCUUUUUUAUCUGUGGUAGGAGCAUUCCUGAAAUUUAAAAGAAAUGGGGAUUUCCCUCUCAAUGCCUCAAUAUGCCUCUGCCUCUGCCUCAUUAUUCUCUCGUUUAAAAAAGAAAACAUCCCUUUACGACUUAGGAGAUUUGAGUUGGUCUAGCGGUACUUUUAAUUAGUCAGCUCUCUGUCUUCGCCUACAAACUGGCUCACGCGGAUCCCGGUUCAAACAGAGUCACGUCUUUCGGAUGUUGACGUCACAGGUUGGUCCCUAGACGUAAACAAUGAUAUCUGAUUAAUGCACGUCUGUAAAAAAAACCAAAACACACAUGCGCGCGCAACUCUUCAAUGUGCUCGCUAAUCAUGUCAUUUUUUUGUUGAACUAAAGUCGUCCACCCUAUUAAUGAUUAGUCACUCUUUUCUUGAUCUUCAGUGCUGAAGGACACAUUAUCUCCGGGUCCUCUUCUGACGAAUAAUUUUCAUCAUGGUUGUCAAGGUUUACGUCGAUUAUCGCUCACAGCCUUGUCGGGCGCUCGUCCUCUUCCUGAAAAACACCAAGAUCCCUUUCGAAAUUGUAUUAAUGGACCUGAUAAAAGGUGAUCAUAAGAAACCCGAUUAUGGAAAAGUGACUCUUCUGCGCACAUCACCUGCGAUUAAAGAUGGGGAUUUCAGCAUGGCGGAAACCGUGGCGAUCAUUCGGUACUUGGCAACAAAGUAUGCGGACCUGGUCCCAGACCACUGGUACCCAAAGGACCUAAAGAAAAGAGCCAGAGUUGAUGAAUACAUGGCCUUUCACCAUACAGGAACCAGAGGCGCGUGCUUUGGGAUGUUCGCCAGUGAGGUCGGCAUUCCGUUGUUUACCGGAGGUAAGCAGCACGCAUCAGAAGAAAGGUUGAAAAGAGACGAAGAAAACCUAACCAAACAACUAGACAAGCUCGAGACUGCUUUCUUGCGGGAUAAUGAUUGGUUGGCUGGAGAUGAUAUCUCUGUCGCUGACAUGCUCGCCGUCCCCGAGAUGAUGCAGAAUACCAUAAAUGGACGAGAUGUCACAGAGGGGCGACCUAAGCUCAAAGCCUACGUAGAUCGUGUGAAGAAUCGUCUCAAUCCUGUCUUUGAUGAAGUCCACGAAGUCGUGUAUGCAUGGAGGGAUAGCUACAACAAAUAGAUUCUCAAUUAAAAUCUCACGUUUCCACAAGUUUUUAAUAUCGAAUCAUCUUCUCAAUCGUUUGAGUCUAUCGUACCGUUUUUUAAGGCUCUUUUUCUUCCUCUCGUCUUUGAAAUUAUGUUCGUUAUAUCCCCUCUUUGCCUUUUUAAUCUCCAUAUCACACUUGAUCUGCACUAUUGUUUCUAAAGUUUCUCUUAUUCCUUUAAAGUGUCACGUUUCCACCCCUCUCUCUCUCUCUCUCUCUCUCUCAUUCUCUAAUGUUUUGAAAGCUUUCCGAAAAAUCCAAUUCAAUUUCAGUACAUUCCAAGCGAAAACGCUGUUACAUCUUUUUAAAAUCCAUUCCACUUUCUAUAUAAUUUCGAUUUCAUUUUCCCACCGAGCUUUCUUUACUUAUUUUUCACUCUCAUACUACAUCUAUCUCCCUCCCAAAGUUUUUUCCUCUCGUUUUUUUUGUAUCACUUUCUAAGACACAGGACUGUAUGGAAAUCAAUUUCUAUUUUGCCUUAUCCUCAUAUUCAACCUAGCAAUUAAACUAAGAUUUUAUAAACUAUGUGUCCAUAAACGAAAGUUGAAUUCUUGUUCCAGACCGCAAAUGCCUUCAAAUUGUAUGGUUAUUGCUCUUACUCUUAU